CACAACGCCUUUAAAAUUUUACACAAAAGAAUAUUUGUCAGAACACAUCCCGUCAUGUCUGUGAAUGAAAGCCUGUAUAACUGUGAUGCUCCAGCUGUGUGGAGAGCAGUUCAUGAAAAAUACUGGACUGUAGUAGAAGCCAAGGCAGCUGUGAAGGGGAAGACAUCAGGAAAGCUCUUGCAACUGGACAGAUGGUUUCAGGAGGAGCUGCCGGCAGCGAUCUCAGCCCGAUCCAAGCGUUCCCUCACACACGCUGAGCUCGUCAAGAUCAUGGAGUGGAAACUGACUAAAGGGAAGUUCAGGCCUCGUUUGCAGCAGCUGAUUGGCUCAAACAGCGAGGAGGCGGUUCAAAGCUUGACCAGCAAAGCUUUCGUUUUGUUACCUGAUGUCCAAGCAGCGAUUACAGAGCUGUGCAAACUCAAAGGUGUCGGGCCAGCGACGGCAUCAGCCGUGUUGGUGGCCGAAGCUCCGGGUGAAGUUGCCUUCAUGGCUGAUGAAGCAGUGGAGAGCAUCGCUGAACUCAGGCCGGUCGAGUACACGGCCAAACACUAUGCACUUUUCCUCCAGAAAAUACUGAACAAAACAUCCCAGCUUAAUAAAGCGGACAGUCAGCGGGACUGGACUCCUCACAGGGUGGAGCAGUGUUUAUGGGCCUGGGCCGUGGCCAAUCAGAUUCAGCCCUCGUUACUACAGGAGUUUCGUCUGAUGGAUGCAACACACUUUUCUCUAUCCAAUCAGAAGCCAGAGAAGAGGAAGACAGCUGAUGAAGAGCCCUCGAAGAGACAGAAGACGGAGAGAUCCUGAAGAGCUGCACUUCUGUCUUCUUAUCUGAAUAAUAUUAUAUUCAGCACUUUUCCUUUGCAAAAGUAUGUCUUUUUGAGAUAUUAUAAAAAAAGAUCACGAAAUACACUUCACAAUUGCUUUUCUCAAUUUGUAAUUGUUUACGUAUAAAUGUUUUAAUAAAGCAAUAAAACCUUUGUAAAAA